AUGGUGAAGAUCCCGAGCCCGAGGAGGCUGUUCCGGAGCCGGUCCAAAAGCACGGUGGGCAUCGGCGGCGGGGUCGACAUGUGCGCCAUGGUGGCCGAGCACGAGAGGAUCGAGUGGGAGGUGCGGCCCGGCGGGAUGCUGGUGCAGAAGCGCCGGGGGCCGGACGACGACGGCGUGGUCGAGGCCAUCCUGGUGCGGGUGUCCGCCGGCUGCGGCGGGUGGCAGCACGACGUGUCCAUCGACGCCACCUCCACCUUCGGCGACCACAAGGUGCUGCUGUCACUGGCCACCGGGCUGUGGCCCAGGGAGCAGCGGCUGCUGUACCGGGGCCGGGAGCGGGACGACGGCGACCACCUGCACAUGACCGGCGUGCAGGACAAGGACAAGGUGCUGCUCCUGGAAGACCCCGCCGUCACGGAGAGGAAGCUCCGGUCCACCAGCCUCGCGCAGCUCAUGGGGGUGCCCUGCCAUUCCUUCAUCCAAGUCUAAGAAACCCACGCUCCAUCAGCUGUUCUCGCUGUUUAUUUGGGCCAAGAUCGGUUUAAGGUGUGUUAGUUAAGCGUUUAACUGCAUUCUUUUCAAUCUUUAGAGUUUUUCUGGGUUCAAUCAGGGCUUGGAUUUGGCCG